AAGCGCGUUUCGUCCAAGCGGCUCUGGGCCUCCGUAGCCGCUGGGGAAAGAUGGCGGUGGCUCCGGAUGUUCUUGUCAGAAUCUGCGCGCAAGAAAUCAUCAAAUAUGAUCUGGAAAUAAAAGCGCUGGUCCAGGAUAUCAGAGACAGUACUGGACCCUUGAGCAUACUGACAGAAUUAAAUGCUAAAGUGAAAGUAAUGUUUCAGCAACUCCGACUUCGAAUACAGGACUUAGAACAGAUGGCAAAGGAACAAGACAAAGAAUCUGAUAAACAAACUCUGCUGGCUGAAGUAGAGAAUCAUCGCAAGCAAAUGUUAAGCAACCAAACAGCUUGGCGAAAAGCAAACCUAGCCUGCAAGCUUGCUAUAGACAAUUAUGAAAAAGAUGAAUUGCUGCAUAGUGGUGAUUCUUCAAUUCGGCAACGAAAGAUGACGAAGGAAGGCUUGGUACAGACUGCAAGCAGCAUUACGGAGAGUUUGAUGAGUAUCAGUAGGAUGAUGUCACAACAAGUGCAGCAGAGUGAAGAGUCAGUGCAGACACUAGCAACAUCAUCAAGGACUGUUCAGGAGACAAAUGAAGAAUUUAAAAAUAUGACUGGCACCAUUCAGCUGGGGCGCAAGUUGAUUACAAAGUAUAAUCGUCGAGAGUUGACUGACAAGCUGCUUAUUUUCCUAGCUUUGGCUCUGUUUUUGGCAACAGUUGUAUAUAUUUUAAAGAAGCGCCUGUUUCCUUUCUUAUAGAGUUAGAAUAAGAGGCAUGUAUCAAGUAGGAAUUGAAAUUGGGAACACCUUUAAAUAAUCCAGGGCAUAACAAAACCAAUUGUAUUAAAUUUAUUUAUGAAUUAAAAUGCAAACCUAUUAAGAGAACCUUAAGUAAUUUCUUGUUUUAUGUUCAUUAAUUAGAACUUAAUUGGGAUAAUAAUUGGCUCUAGAAACCAAAGCAUAAUUAUUUGCAACUUGAGAUAUUUUGUGUUUUUUCCUUUAGCUCUAUGCUAUCACUAAAUUGUUCAUAUCUGUGGCAACCUUAAAGAAGCUAAAACUUGAGUGAUACAACAUUUUUGUUAAUAAUAUGUACCAUAUUACACAUUAUUGACCCAGCUGAAUUUGUUGAAUUCUAAGGAAAUCUGCUUAAAUUUAAGUAUUGAAAAGGAUUACUCCAUACUGUAACUGUUUCAUGCCUUUUAUACUAUGAAUGUAGUCCAAACAGUUUCCAGCAUUUUGUUAUUCAUAAACAAAUAAUCUUAUUUGACUGAACGGGACCAAAAGAUGUUACAGAAGUCCUUAUUCUAAUGCUAUAUAAAUCUAUUUUGUAACCUCUGUUCAUACUUAAUGUAGGUAUUUUGGCCUGUGUUAAAAUUGUGAGAACAUCUGUAUGUGGGCGCAUUUGCAUGUAUAAAACAUGCACUGGAAAAUGUUUAAAUAUAUGUGGAUAACGUGAUUAAUCUAUAUAACUUGUACAUAUGAGGAUUUUGACUGGACUAUAAACUACAAAUUAUGAUUAAAACAUUUAUAUUUCCAAUUGUCAAAAUAAAACUUCAGGAAAAGUGUCUUUCUACUGCC